AUGCCACUGUUCCAAGUUGAAGGUUGGAAUCUAAAAACUAACAACGUUUCUUUUGACGACCCAGACUCUAAAAGAAGGAAAAAGAAGAGCAAGAACAAUAAGGAGAAAAGCCAGAAAAGAAAUGAUGAUAAGUCUGAUCUUAAACAAAACCCAGACGAAGCUAUAACGAAAAUUCAACCAUCAACAAUUGAUGCGACAUCAAAAUCACAUGCAAAGGUUUCAGUAGAAGUCAAGAAACAAAAACGUAAACUAGAGGAAGCUGAUCUAGAGUCAACUUUGUUGGAACAACCUGCGAAAAAAGCCUUAACUCCUUUACAAAAGAAGAUGAUGGCGAAGUUAAGUGGUUCAAGGUUCAGAUGGAUUAACGAACAACUGUAUACGAUAUCAUCGAACGAUGCUCUAGAUUUGAUAAAAAAGCAGCCUGAACUAUUUGAUGAAUACCACGACGGUUUCAGAUCUCAAGUUCAGUCCUGGCCCGAAAACCCGGUUGAUAUUUUUUGUGAAGAAAUUGUGUCUCGAUCAAAGAAACCCGUGAAUGCCCCUGGCGGCUUGCCCGGUUUAGCGAAUAAAAACAUAGUGAUCAGUGAUAUGGGUUGUGGAGAGGCUCAAUUGGCGUUGAAAGUUAACAAACUAUUCGCACAGUAUAAUAAAAGAGUCAAGAAAUAUCAGAAAAAAAACUGUAUAGUGCACAGUUUUGAUUUGAAAAAGGUAAACGAUAGAAUCACGGUUGCUGAUAUCAAAAAUGUCCCGCUGCCAGACGAAUCUUGCACGAUAGUAGUCUUUUGCUUAGCUUUAAUGGGUACAAACUUUUUGGAUUUUAUUAAGGAAGCUUAUAGACUUCUGGCUCCUCGUGGUGAGUUGUGGAUAGCUGAGAUUAAGUCAAGAUUUGCAGACGGAAAGGGUGAGGAGUUCGUGAACGCAUUGAAGCUAAUGGGCUUUUUUCAUAAGAAAACCGAUGAUACUAACAAAAUGUUCACGCGAUUUGAAUUCUUUAAACCUCCUCAAGAUAUUAUAGAAGAAAGAAAAGCCAAACUUGAAAGAAAACAGAAAUUCAUUGAAGUGGAAACUGAGAAGGAGGAACUUGAGCAAAAAAGGUCUAAAGUUCCUGAAGGAAAGUGGCUGCUGAAGCCUUGUAUUUAUAAAAGGAGGUAA